GACUUGGGCAACUUGAACAUCAUAUCUAUUUCAUAUUCAGCUUUAGACGUGCCACUAUCAGCGCCUUUGCGUACAUCACACAGCCAGUGACUCACCAUACGACGCCAUGAAGUUCCAGUUCACCUACUACCUCACCAUCCUCGCCGCCUUCGCCGGGGUGAAUGCAGAUCUUGCUGAUAUAUGCCAACAUGUUUGCGCUAAUCAGGUUUCUGAGUGCCCGGCGACAGGAGGCUGGGGACUCGUUCGGGACAACAGCCUAGGCUGCUACACCUGCGGCACUGCUGAUAAUAACGCUGCUUGCGGGGCAGGUACAGGCCCUCGUCUGGGACAGCAGCCUAAGAUGCUACACCUGCUGCCCUAACUAGUAGUUGGACUCGGAGUGGCCAUCGAGUUUGCACAGAUGACGUGUUUUAUCUUUAUCUAGUUACCUAUCA